UAGUAUAAAUAGGGCUCCAAAGUGGUGUAUGAAUCACUUGGAGAUAGAAAUGGGGAAGUAUGAGUUGUUUAUGGUGAUAUUACUAGUGAGUGGAUAUGGUUUUGUUGAUGGUCUGAGAAUGGAUUAUUAUUUCAUGAUGGGUUGCCCAUUUGCUGAGGGAAUAGUGAAGAACAUUGUGAAUAGGCAUUUGCAAGCUGAUCCUACUCUUGCUGCUGCCCUUGUCAGGAUGCACUUCCACGAUUGCUUUGUUCAGGGAUGUGAUGCAUCGGUGUUGAUUGAUUCAACAAAGGAUAACACAGCAGAAAAGGAUUCGCCAGCAAAUUUCAGCUUAAGAGGCUAUGAAGUCAUUGAUCAAGUCAAGGAACAACUCGAAAUCCAAUGCCCUGGAGUCGUUUCUUGUGCUGAUAUUCUUGCCAUGGCUGCAAGGGAUGCUGUCUUCUUUGCUGGAGGUCCAGUGUAUGACAUACCAAAAGGAAGAAAGGAUGGAACAAGAUCAAGAAUAGAAGACACAAUCAAUCUACCUCCUCCCACACUUAAUAGUUCAGAACUUAUCAGAUUGUUUGGCCAACAUGGCUUCACUGCUCAAGAGAUGGUGGCUCUAUCUGGUGCACAUACACUAGGAGUGGCAAGAUGCUCAUCAUUCAAGCAUAGAUUGAGUAACUUUGACUCAACACAUGAUGUGGAUCCAACUUUGGAUGCCCAAUUUGCCAAGACUCUAUCAAAAAGAUGCACUAAUAGUGACAAGUCUGAGCAGGCCUUUGACACCACAAAAGAUAAUUUUGACAAUGACUACUAUUAUGCUUUACAAAGAAACACUGGUGUCCUCUUCUCAGAUCAAACUCUUUACAACCACCCUAGAACUAGAGGCAUUGUAAAUGCUUAUGCCUUUAAUCAAGCUAUGUUCUUCCUUGAUUUUCAACAAGCCAUGAUUAAAAUGGGGUUACUUGAUGUCAAAGAAGGCUCCAAGGGUGAAGUGCGGGCCAACUGUCGUAUCAUCAAUUGAUUAUUAUUACUAUUCCUAUAUAUGCAUGUAAAACCAGCUUUUUUAUAUAUAAUAGCCAGUGUAAUUAAUAUGGUUUGUCUGUGUGCAUGGGCCCAAUAAUAUUAUGUUAAAUAUCAAA